UAACGCGAUGCGGUUUUGUUUGUGAUAAAACAACUUCUUGCAGUUGAGUUCUGACACAAAUUGCUUAUUUGGAUAUACGGCAAAACAUGUGGGUUUAUAUUUUACUGAUCUUUGGAAUUACUGUGUCUAAUACACAAUGGGCAAGAAAAACUUCCGACAAAGAGAAGACAAGUUCCAAUACCUUAGGACCGCAUACGUUUCAGACGUUUUUAAACGAAGAAGUUACGAAAUAUCACUCCGAUACUGGACCACCACCAGACUGGGUUAUAGAGGCUUGCUCUGAAGUUGAUCCUACAGGCACAAUAUGUAUGGGGUUGUUCCACCGUUACCAUGAAGUGUAUUCUAUGGAAGGCGACAUUAUGCUAGCAGGUCUGUUCCCUAUACACCAAAACGAAGGCUGUCUUGACUUAGAAGAUAUGGGAUCUAUACAACGGAUGGAGGCGAUGGCUUACGCUGUACAGAAAGUGAACUCAUGGCCCAAUUUUAUGAAGAAUUUCACUCUUGGUUUCCGUAUCUUCGAUACUUGCAACUCCCAAUCGAUUGCUUUAUCUCGAACACUGGGAGUUCUGCCACACUGCAACAACUGCACACAUUAUCCUGUUUGUUUUCCAGAAUGUCCAUCACUCGUAGCUGGAAUUGUGGGACCAGAAUCCAGUUCAAACGCUCUCUUGUCUGCGCAUGCGUGUAACCUCGCCCUGACACCUAUUAUCAGUUACUUUGCAACGUCACUGGAGCUUACAGAUAAAACCAUUUUCCCGACACUAUUCACUACUGUACCGUCCGACGAUUUUCAGGUGUCAGCCAUGUUAGAACUACUUGAAUACUUUGGGUGGACUUAUUUCUCAUUCAUUCAUACAAAUGAUAGAUACGGUAAAGACGCGCUCGACUACGUGCAAACUAAUAUGAAAGAAAUGUGCCUCGCCUCCGUACAACAGGUAUCCGGAGACGGUAGUAAUUCUUCGUACGACGAAGUAGUUACCACACUACUAAGAUACAAAGAUCAAAGCCAGACAAGUGUGGUGAUCGUCUUCACUGAUGGAGUUUCAGCAAACAAAUUGUUUUGUGCCGUUGAUCGUGCAAAUGCCACCGGUGAAUUCGUGUGGAUCGGUAGCGAGGGUUGGGGGGUCAGUUUAAACGAUAUAUCAGAUAACCUGCAUGUGGCGCAGGGAUCUUUAACAUUCACACCACAUACUGAAAUCGAUCCAGAGUUCGACGAAUAUUUUCAGAAUUUGAACGUCACGCACAACAAUCCAUGGUGGAAAGAAAUCUGGAAAGACCAUUUUAAUUGUAAUUGGACAACACGAAGAAACGAAGAGAACUCAUGUUGGAAUUAUAAACAUAUUGACGAAACGAACGGCUAUCUUCCUGACUCUACAGUCUCCUUAGUAAACGACGCUGUAUACGCGUUCGCCUACGCAAUCAGUGAUUACGUCAACCAUACUGAUGACAUCAUCAGCGAGAACGGUGACGUCAUCGUCCCACCAUGGAAGCUGAUCAACUAUAUUCGAAAGAUUUCGUUCCCCGGUAGCGCCCAACGUAGGGAAAUAACCUUGGGAAAGUCGAUAGCUUAUUACGAUUUAAACAAUCUGCAGAUAAAUGAAAAUGGAACUUUCGACUACGUUCGAGUUGGAAGUUGGGAUUCAGUGGAUGGCCUUAUACUAGAUGCUAGUGCUAUACAAUGGCCGGAUCAUAGGAAGACACCAAUAUCUUAUUGCUCAGAGUUUUGUCAUCCUGGCGAGGUCCAAGUAUUGAUAAAGAUAGCUUGCUGUUGGGAUUGCGAGAGGUGCGCACAAGGUUCUAUAGUGGUUAACAAUACGAGGUGUCAGGAAUGCCAGGACUUUUAUUGGCCCAACUCGAACUACAGCCGGUGUGUUCCCUUGGAGUUAGAAUACCUACAUUGGUACGAAGCCCCUGCAGUCCUGUUAAGCGUAUUCGCGUGCGUUGUAUUGUUGUGCGCGGUAUUCACCUCCAUAUACUAUAUCCGGCACAGACAUGAUAGACUUAUAAUGGCAAGCGGACGUGAACUAAUGUCAGUGAUCAUGUUUGGGGUUAUUAUUCAAUGUGUGAUGGUGUUUUUCAUCAUUGCUAAACCAACCGAACAUACAUGUUUUAUAUACAGGUUUAUUUUCGGGUUAGAUCUCACAAUAUCUUAUGCUGCCAUCGUAGUCAAGUCAAACCGAAUAUUCCGGAUAUUCACCCAUGGUUUGAAGUCGGUUGCUCCACCAAGAUGGACGAAGACGCAUCAUCAGUUGUUGAUAACUGGAUGUAUUGUACUUAUUCAGAUUAUCGUCGUGUCUUCCCUAUGUCUCAUCUUUCCCCCCAAAGUUGUGAAGUACCAAGCCAAACCAGGACUAGCUGAACUUGCAUGUAGUCUGGAUAAUAACGUCACUAUAUUGUUGCCACUAUCGUACAACUUUCUUCUAAUUGUUCCAUGUUUAUAUUACGGUUGGAAAACGAGGAACCUUCCAGCCAACUUCAACGAGUCUCGUUUCAUAGCGUUCACAGUAUCAACAACAUUAGUUGUGUGGAUCGCAUUUAUUCCAACUUACUUGACUGUUGGUAUCAGCCAAGACACGUCGUCAAAAAUCCACGUUGAAAUUCUCGCCACAGUUGAAAUAAUGAGCGCUGCCAAUACUCUGGCUUGUUUGUUCCUUCCUAAAAUCUACGCCCUUAAGUUUCUGACCACAACAUCCUGGCAUGUGGCCGCUUCAUUUAAAACGAAGGGUAGAAGAAACAACUCGAGGAAUUGUGAGAACUGCGGGUCAGGCGAUAGGUCUGAUAAUGCUCGGUUUCGGAAGGUGUCAUUCACACCUUUUGUUCCAAGGGAUGGCAUAGUAGGGAUACAGAGACUAGGUAUACGAAGAGCAUCAAGCGCUGGGGAUGCGACCACCACAAGUAAGAAGGUUUCGUUCCCUUCUUAUAUAGAAGAUAACAUACAACAGAGCGACAUUCUACGGCGACGAAGUCUCUCCGUGAGCGCACCUGAUAUUACGUCAUUAAUGAUGACGUCAUCAGAGGAACGACCAUCGCUGUGGAGAAGUAAGACGGAGAUGGAUGGAAGAAGUAAUAAAGUGGAUGCUAAGAAAGAAAAAUAUUUAUCACCAGUAUUAGAGAUACCUUCAUUUGAGUUGAGGAUCGCCACACCGAAGCUGAAACGGCGCAGUAUAAAACCAGACGAUGAUUCUACAUAUGUUAAAAAGAGCAAUUCUGGGACAGCGCAAACGAAAACAGACGUAUUUUUGAAAACCCCAUUACCAGAUUUUCGAAGAGUAUCCAAUGCAAGUGCUGUCAGCAAUAUUGACGUCAUGAGGGGUUCUGUGACGGACAAUUACACCUUGGGUGACGCAGAUGACGUCACGGAGCAUCCAAAUCAUAUUACCCCAAGUUCCCCCACACUAAAAAACGGAAAUAUGAAUUUCUAUAUGGCCGAAACCGUACCUGAGAAUUUACGUGUAAAUAUCCCACCAAAACUGGUGGAAAACGUAACCCCUGCUACUGUAUUUUGCCAUAACGACCAGUUGGGUAGGGCUAGGAGCUCUUCUGACGCGGCUGGCAAAUACAACAACAGAUAUAACAGUCCGGUUAGGCGUGUUAGUAUACCGGGUUUAUCAUAUGAAGAUUCAAACGACAGUUCGCCGCCUAAAACGGCCAGAGUCGUAGCAUACUCGGUAACCAAAAUUAAAAGAAGAAAAAAUGUUUAUUGAUAAGUUUUGUGGGCGUAUGAAACCAGUAUUCUAUUUUGUUUGUGUUUUUGUAGUUUAUCACAGUAUACCUCAUGCGUUUGCGUUAUACUAACGUGUUGGAGUAAGUAUUUUCUUUUAACGUCCCAUUUGGUAUUAAACAAAGAACAUUUACAAA